AUGUCGAAUUAAAUUAAAUAAACUAUAUAGAGGUAUAAAUAAUAAAUUAAUAAAUCUAGAUCACCUUUUUCUAAUUGCAGAUUAAUGAAAUUUAAAGAAAUAUAAAAUGUCUAAUCAGAUCCAAAUCAAUAAAUUUAGAAUGCAUAUAAAAUGAUAGAAUUGGGUAUGAAAUACUUCCAGAAUUAAUAAUAUUCAAUGGCAAAAGUUGUUUUGAUCAACAGUUCUCAAGUUUUAUUACCUAUUAUAAAAUAAAAAAGUAAUAUAAUUUAUUUAUUUAGAGUAAAACUAAUAAGAUCAUGCCUCUGAAUAUCAAGAACUAAUAAAGGCAAUUAAUACAGCAGAAAUUUGUUCUCAGAAAAUUGAUCAACUUUAAUAAAGCAUAGUAUCAAAUAUUAUUAAAUAAGGCUUCUUAAGAUCCAUAUAGUAAGCAAAUUAUGGAGACAGCUAUGAUAAGGAAAUGUGAUGUUUCUUUUGAUUCGAUUAUAGGCUUAGAAAGCAUAAAAAAUUAAUUAGAAGAAGUUAUAGUUUUACCUAAUUUGAGACCUGAUAUUUUCACAGGAAUUCGUGCACCUCCAAAAGGUAGAACACAUAUAUUAACUCUAUUUAGGUAUUUUAUUCUAUGGGCCACCUGGAAAUGGAAAAACAUUAUUAGCAAAAGCUGUAGCAAAUCAAAUCAAAUGUUGUUUUUUUAAUAUUAGUGCUUCAACAUUAGUAUAGAAACAUCUUGGAGAAGGAGAAAAAUUGAUGAAGACUUUAUUUAAUGUAGCAUUUAAAAUGUAACCAUCAGUAUAGCAAUUAAUUUAUUAUUUAGGUAAUAUUUAUAGAUGAGAUUGAUUCUAUUCUCUCUAGUAGAUCAAGUGAAGAACAUGAAGCUAGUAGAAGAUUAAAAACUGAAUUUUUAGUUUCAUUUGAUGGAAUGCAAACAUCUGAUUAAGAUAGAAUAUUCUUAAUAGCAGCUACUAAUAGACCUUAAGAUAUUGAUGGUGCUGUUCUUAGAAGAUUUGUAAUGAAUUUAGAUUAAUAAAGACUGUUAAAAUUUUGAUUGAUCAACCAGAUCAAAAAGCUAGAUUAGGUCUAGUUAAAUCACUUAUGUAGAAUGUCAGCCAUUCUAUUUUAGAUAUAGCUUUUGAAAAGAUAUGUGAUAAAUUGUCUGGUAAUACUACUCAAAUAUAUUAUAUUAGGUUAUUCUGCAAGUGAUAUAAAGGCAGUUGUUAAGGAAGCAUGUAUGUAACCAUUAAGAGAGGAUAAAAAUUAAAUAGUUGCUAUGUCUGCAUAAAAUAUAAGGCCUGUUAGAAAAGAAGAUUUUGAGUUUGCAAUUAAUAAAGUGAGACCAUCCCUUACUUAAAAGCAAUAUUAAGAAUAUAUAAGUUUUAAUAAAUCUGAAUAAUGA